UAUCAGAUCGGUUAUGCAGUGGAUGAGAUCAACCAUACGAAAGCUUUCCAUCACUUCCAAAUGUCUGCCAUGAUGGACCUCCCUGAAGCCAUGACGUGCCUUGGGACCUGCUUCCUUCAUGGCUACGGGACAGACAAGGACGUGGCAGAGGCUGUGCGGUGGUACAGCAAGGCAGCAGAGGCUGGUUGCUCGGAGGGGAUGUACAACCUUGCGCUGUGCCUGCAGGACGGGGUUGGAGUGCAGGAGAGCAUAGGGAUGGCGAUACAGUGGAUGAAUCAGUCAGCAGCUGACGAGCAUGUCGACGCGAUGUACGUGAUGGCCAUGUACCACAUGCAGGGAGCAGGCGCGAUUGAAAAAAACGAGGAGCUGGCAAAUGAAAUGCUGACCAAGAUCGUCGAUCGGUUCGAUCAUCCUGCUUCUCAACUGAGGUAA